AUGCAGGCACACCGAUGCACACUGCAGGGCGAGCUCCUCUGGGGUUGUGGGGGUUUUCGUCUGAUAAAACGAGAUCGGCUUUCCGUUGACUUCGAGAUCCGAGCCACCAGGGACGACACGGGAAGGAAGCCGAAUUCCAAGUUAAACAGCCAUUGUCUACGGACACUGGGAGGCAAGGAGAAGAAGGAGGAAAAGAAGAAGAGGAGGAGGAAGAAGAGCAAGGGAGGGGAGAAAAAGAAAGUGAAUCGUUUUGGGACGAGUGGGGAGGGGAGAAGUCUUCGCAAGUCCCUAGCCCGCCACCAUUGUCUGGACGGAUACCUCUGGAUACAGGGCCCGCUAGUUGAGAGUUACGACUGCUUACUGGGUAACAAAGGGAAGCGGCAUCAGGUACUGAAACAUGUUUCUGCACGUUCCACAUGGUACUUGGAAAGGUACCGGUACCUGCGGAUGCCUCACGAUCUGGUUGCUGAAGCAAUGUCCAUAGCGUGCAACUAUGAGGAAGAAACUUUUUUGGUUUCAAGGGACAACACAGAUGUAACUACAAACACAGAUAAACUCCUAGAAAUUCAACUACGAUCGGGGGAGCCAACAGGGCAGGAAAAGGCUCAAAGAAAACCCACGGUUGCUUCAAAAUAUGCUUCAAAAUACGGGAAGAAUCUCAGUUUCAGCAUCACAUUGUGGAGAAGCCAGGAUAAUCAGAAGAAUAGGACCAUUGGUGUUUUGGACAUGCUGGUUAGGCAACUAGAAUACCUCCCGAUUGAGCUCAAAUAUAAAGUGGAGAGAAACCGUCAUGCAAGUCGUGACGAGCCCGUCCCAUGA